CUGACCUUUUUUGCUGCGGUUAUGGUAUUGGGAGCUAGACGAGAGGCAGCUGGGUAUCACUGUAUAAUGGUUUGGAAGCGUUGUGAUAAAAGCGAAAUAGAGAAGAAUCGUAUCUGGGCUGAAGGCUUGAUUGGAAGGGUGUAUGUCAACAAAGCACCGAAUUUUAAGGAUCCCAUCCAGAUCGAACGCAUGCUAAAUCUCGUGCAUGAUCUGGAAAGCACGCCGUACUCAAUGGGACCUAAUUCGACAUCCUUUUGGCUUCGAGACUUCAACAAUUACAGGCAAUAUUUCACGGAGGAUAACGAACGGUGA